UUCUAACCGCUAAACCCUCACGGUUCCCAACGCGGCGGGCGAGUCGAGACGUCUGCUCCAGGCGGGCGCGGGCGCGCACGUCGGGCGUCCGGCGCUGGCUCCACCCCCUGCCCUCGAGCACGCGCGCGCGGCUGCGGCGGCUGGGGCGGGGCGAGCCGAGGGGGCGGAGCCGCCGGCGCUGGGGCUAGAGGCAGUGGCAGCGGCAGAGGCAGCGGCUGAGGCUGGGGCGGCUGAGGUAGUGGCGGCGGCGGCGGCGGCGAGGGGCUCCUAGCCGGGGCGGCGGGGCCGGCCGAGGCCGCCGCAGCGCCGGGAGCCAGACGCCGGCAAGCCCGCGGGCGCAGGGGCGAGCUGAGACUGAAGUGUGUCAAGCUGGACAUGGAGAGCUCCAGGUGUGGCUAAAGGAAACACGUCAGCCCGGUGCAUCACACUUGCUAUUUUCCUGCUGCUUAGCAAUGCGCUCACUUUGCUUGCCCUGAAGGAGUUUUGCCUCAGGAUUUGAGCCAAAAUAAAAACUAAACAAACUUCAAGACAGAAGAGGUCUCCGCCAGUCAAGAAACCCUCAAAAGCCUUUUACCAUGGAUCUAGAAGAUGAAGAGAAUAUGAGUUCCAGCAGCAUUGACGUCAAAGAGAACCGUAAUCUGGACAACAUGCCCCCCAAGGACAGCGGCACGGGCACGCCGGGGCCUGGCGAGGGUACCCCGCUCUCCAACGGGGGUGGUGGUAGCACCAGCAGGAAGCGGCCCCUGGAGGAGGGCAGCAAUGGCCACUCCAAGUACCGCCUGAAGAAGCGAAGGAAAACACCAGGGCCCGUUCUGCCCAAGAACGCCCUGAUGCAGCUGAACGAGAUCAAACCCGGCUUGCAGUACACACUGCUGUCCCAGACGGGACCCGUGCAUGCGCCUCUGUUUGUCAUGUCUGUGGAGGUAAACGGGCAGGUCUUUGAGGGCUCUGGCCCUACAAAGAAAAAGGCGAAGCUCCAGGCUGCUGAGAAGGCCCUGCGGUCUUUUGUCCAGUUUCCCAACGCCUCGGAGGCCCACCUGGCCAUGGGCAGGACCCUCUCUGUGAACACGGACUUCACAUCUGACCAGGCCGACUUCCCCGACACACUCUUCAACGGCUUUGAGACUCCAGACAAGUCGGAGCCACCCUUCUACGUGGGCUCCAAUGGGGAUGACUCGUUCAGCUCAAGCGGAGACGUUAGCCUGUCAGCCUCCCCGGUGCCUGCCAGCCUUACCCAACCUCCUCUGCCCAUCCCACCACCAUUCCCACCCCCAAGUGGGAAGAAUCCCGUGAUGAUCUUGAAUGAGCUCCGCCCGGGGCUGAAGUAUGACUUCCUCUCUGAGAGUGGGGAGAGCCACGCCAAGAGCUUUGUCAUGUCCGUGGUGGUGGACGGCCAGUUCUUUGAGGGCUCAGGGAGAAACAAGAAGCUAGCCAAGGCCCGGGCUGCACAGUCUGCCUUGGCUACUGUCUUCAAUUUGCACUUGGACCAGACGCCGUCUCGCCAGCCUGUCCUCAGUGAGGGUCUUCAGUUGCAUUUGCCGCAGGUAUUGGCAGAUGCUGUCUCGCGCCUGGUCCUGGGUAAGUUCAGUGACCUGACGGACAACUUUUCCUCCCCCCACGCACGGAGGAAAGUACUCUCUGGAGUAGUAAUGACCACAGGUACAGAUGUCAAAGAUGCCAAGGUGAUAAGUGUUUCGACAGGGACGAAGUGUAUCAACGGUGAAUACAUGAGUGACCGUGGACUUGCGCUCAAUGACUGCCACGCAGAGAUAAUCUCCCGACGGUCCCUGCUCAGGUUUCUUUAUGCACAGCUCGAGCUUUAUUUAAAUAACAAAGAAGACCAGAAAAAGUCCAUAUUUCAGAAGUCAGAGCGGGGUGGGUUUCGGCUGAAGGAUACUGUGCAGUUCCACCUGUACAUCAGCACCUCACCCUGCGGAGACGCCAGAAUAUUCUCUCCCCACGAGCCCGUGCUAGAGGGUAUGACGCCAGACUCUCACCAGCUGACAGAACCGGCGGAUAGACAUCCAAAUCGCAAAGCAAGGGGACAACUACGGACAAAAAUAGAGUCGGGUGAGGGGACAAUCCCUGUGCGCUCAAAUGCCAGCAUCCAGACCUGGGACGGGGUGCUGCAGGGGGAACGGCUGCUCACCAUGUCCUGCAGUGACAAGAUAGCACGCUGGAACGUGGUGGGCAUCCAGGGGUCCCUGCUCAGCAUUUUCGUGGAACCCAUCUACUUCUCCAGCAUCAUCUUGGGCAGCCUGUACCACGGGGACCACCUCUCCAGGGCCAUGUACCAGCGGAUCUCCAACAUAGAGGACCUGCCGCCACUCUACACCCUCAACAAGCCCCUGCUUAGUGGCAUCAGCAAUGCAGAGGCACGGCAGCCAGGGAAGGCACCCAACUUCAGUGUCAACUGGACAGUGGGCGACACUGCCAUUGAGGUCAUCAAUGCCACGACAGGGAAGGACGAGCUCGGCCGCCCAUCCCGCUUAUGUAAGCACGCGCUGUACUGCCGCUGGAUGCGUGUACACGGCAAGGUUCCCCCCCACCUGCUGCGCACGAAGAUCACUAAGCCCACCACGUACCACGAGUCCAAGCUGGCAGCGAAGGAGUACCAGGCUGCCAAGGCACGCCUGUUCACCGCCUUCAUCAAGGCGGGGCUGGGCGCCUGGGUGGAGAAGCCCACCGAGCAGGACCAGUUCUCCUUCACUCCCUGAGCCAGGCGGGUGUCAAGCAGCGAGUGCGAGGCUGUGGUGCCGAAGCGACCCCCAGAGCCUUGCAUCUGAACUGGGACAGGUGUGCACCCCGGGACGGCAUGGGGAGUCUGGGGGAACCACUGGACAUGAAGCGGCACCCCAACAAGGCAGCGUGGGGAUGCGCAGGGUGCCGGGCACCUCACAUCUGAGUAGGGAUCAGGUGCACAGUGGGGGUGCAUGAGGGCACAGGGGCCCAUCACCACCCCUCGCCACACAUUUCCCCUCUUGAGCUACCCAGUGACCGCUUUAUAUCUCAGUUUACAUUAGACAUUGAGUUCUACUGAGUAGGGCUUCCUCAAGUAUAGGAAACUAGAAAUUACUUUGUGUGAGAUUCUUGAAUAAAUAAUUUAUUCAGAGCUAGGAAUGAGAUUUAUAAAAUAAGAAGUAAUUAUGUCAGGUCACUUUUAUGCCACAUUAUUUUAACUGCAAAAAAAAAAAAAAGCAUUUCUAUGUGAAAGAGCACGAGAAUAUAGAGGUAGAAAGUAGAAGAGGGCCACCACUCGCACAGCUGUGUGUGGUUCCUCUCCGUAGGUCCUUCACACUUAGGUUCUCACGGUAGGUUUAAACAGCUCUCCUGGGGUGACCCCAGCAUGAUACGGUGUGACCUUGGCACACGACUGGCCCUGCAGCUGGGAUGCUGUGUCCUACAGAGUCAUGACCUAGGCUCUGCUGCCUCAGCCGCCUCUAGAAUCUUUCAUGCUCCUGGUUAGGUUCAAAUCAUGGAAAACUCUAUUUGCUUCUAAGUCACCGAAGAUCAAAUCCGUCCGUAGCCUGUUCCGGCUGGCCAUCAUUUGGGGGUUCUAACCAUAGAGGUUUUGUGACCUAGAGGCACUCAGUGGGGCUGCUACGCACUCAGAGGACAGCCUUCCUUCUGCCCCUCCCUAGGGAUCUGGUGGGUAGGAACCAGUGACCACUCAGAAAACUUGACAGGAUGGGAAGGGGUGUAAGCAGGUACCAUCCGUGGAGCAUGCCACGUGAGGUUUUCCUUCCAGCUUUAUCAGACAUGUGUUUGAGAAAUAAAACAUUCAGGUUGAGGCUGGUGGGACAGUGUAAGCCUGGAACGCUGCAGACCAGACCUUGGUGUCUUGACAGGCAGGCCUGGGUGCUCCGGGCAUCUUGGGGCUGAACCCCAAGAUGCUGCUCAGCACCCUUCCUGCACAGGGUGGCACCCAGGGCCCUGGAGUGGGGACACCUGGACCUCCUGUGCUCAGACUCGCCCCAGGUGCCUUGUUGCUUCCACUCAGGAUUAGAGAAAGUUAGAGGGAGGAGGGGCCGCGGCUGUCAGCUCAGUGUGCCAGCCUGGUCCAGCAGGUCGCUCUGACGAGCUUCGGGGCCGUGAGCAGAGCAGGUGCAGGCUCAUCCCUCAGCACACAUCCACCACAGAUGCAUCCAGAGCUCUGACAGCGGAGUGGCUCUGAGCUGUUCACCCAGGUGCACGUGUCCUUGACACACUGAGAGAAAAACUGAAUAAGAGCAUAGCCACUGUGGGUUCCACCAGAUCCCCAGCAGACCUCAAGAGGCUGUGUGGUGUUGCCUAAGUGAGACCCACUUGUGUGUCUCCAUGUCAGGAGCCCUGUCGUGUCCUUGUGGGUGUCUCCCAUGGUUCUUGUCCUGUGGGGCUUGAUCUUCGAGGCAUGAAGGUCCUACCAGAACUCCCUAGUGACACAUGCUAUCUCAGAUCUCCUCAGAUCACAACCUGCCCCUGUGAAAGAGAGCCCUCCCAGGCAGGAUUGCGGGGCCCUGCAUGUCGUGGCAGGGCCACCUUUGGGUGAAAUGCACUGGGGCUCCUUAGAGAAACUGGCUCAUUUUAUCACAGUACCAUGCCUUCCCCAUAGGCCCCUGCACUUUCUAGAAAGAAAAAACACACAUGCUGGUGUGUUCUUACUCUUGCUUUUAAAUCGAACUUUUUCGGGUGGAGACGGGAAGAUGGAUUUAGUUUUGUUUGCUUGUUUUUAAGUACAUUUUGGUUAUAAAGUGUAGCAAAAGUCUAUCCCACAUACACUAAAAACCAUGUGUUGCAUCUGGCUUUCCAUGUCAGAUAACGAGGGUGCCCAGCCAGGAAGUGAAUGUUCCAUGUGUAGAGCAUCUGAAGCCACAGGGGCUGGUCCUGCUGAGAUGUGACCUAGGCUGGGAAAGGAGGGGAAGCCAGGAGGCACCCUGUGUGGGGGCAGCACGGGGCAUGCGCCACCUCUCCCUGCUCCCAGGAUAUGGCAGCUGGAACAGCCCAUCUGUGACCAGAGAAAAAGGAAAUAAAUACUGAUUUAAGACACUAAGCUCUCUGAGCCUCUUCCUGAAGGUCCCCAUGACGGUAGUUCAUGCCCAGGACGUAAAUGUCGCAGACUCAGCAGAAAGCUUGACACACCAAGACCCUGAUGGAAACCUCAGCAGGUAAAGAGCAGGGGUUCCUCUGUUCUGCAUACUUAGCUAAACCUGAAGUAUGAACUCCCCAAAGCAGUAUCCCUCAGGAUUAUUCGGGCCCAGCGUCAGCGGGGCUGUAGCCACACUACAGGAAGGCACUGUCUCGGGAGUCGUGGGUGGGCUGUCUUGUUUCUGCAGAGCCGAAGCUCUCCCCUUAGAUGUAGGCAGGGUGAGUGUGGUGUCCGUUAGCCCUGAUCCCUUAGUGGUGUCAGGAGGUAGCCCCUCUCCUAGCAAGGGACACCAAAGAACAACUUUGAAUCUGAAUCUGAGCCCUUCAACAUUCUGACUAUUUUGAAGUUUGGUUUUUUUUUAUAAUAAUUAAAAAUCUAUUUGUAAGUGUGCAGGCCACGGCAGUGUCCUAAGGCAUUGCUCUCUGUUUAUUUUACCCCCAGCGCCUCUUGCCUCCAGACUAUACAUGCUGCUUAGUUUUUAAACUUUAGCUUCAGACAGGUGCACCAAAGGUGGGCAGCCACCAGAGAGAGGGUCAGGGAUGUGGGGUGAACUGCGCAGCUCCCUGCGCCAAGAGUAAAUACACACAAAACUCCAGAAACAUCAGCUCUCCCAGUCAUAACUUUGCUCCAGAAAGAGGAAUAAAAAUGAGCUGAAAUUCAAACCCCUAAGUUCUCAAAAUCAGAGAACCUCUCAGAAGAUUCCUUCCUAUAGUCAGCCACAGACGACAUCUCGAGAAGGGCAGAGCAUAUGCGUUCAGUGUGUACAGCUUGUGUGUGUCCUUGUGUCUUUGCAUAUCUAUCAUGUGACAGUCUCCCCAAGGCCGAGGGGGUGGCCACCCACUCUGCAGCUGUGAACUGCUCCGCACUGGGGCUACUGGGUUCAUGAGACAUUAGGAAAUUGGAAUUGGGAAGCCUCCAACCCACCAGGGACCAAGAGGGAGUUAGUCCCAUGGUCUGACCAGUCAUGGCCGGCUCCUCAGAGCACUUUCCGUUCAGUUCCUGGGGAAAUGUUCACAUCUCUGUGGUAGUGCCUGUUACUUUGUGUUUGCUGUUUGAAUGACAAGUGCCCAGCCUCAGAAGCACUUAAUUGUAGCCACAGCAGGAGCUGAUGGUACAAAAGGAACUGAUGGGCCAUUCUUGUGAAUGGAACACAGUAGGUUAAAAGCACAGCCUGUGGAAUGUUGAUGGAAUAAGCCCCUAAAAGCUGUUAGCUUUUUCAGGCUUUGAGUUAUAUACUUUUAAUUUGAUUUUAGAGUUUGGACACUUUACAUGAAUGUAAUUCAGCCAAGAAACGUGUUGCUAAGAUACAAUCCUCAGUGUUCUCUGUAUGUAUAUUUAUGUAUAUACCACAUGUUACAGCCUGCAUGAGCUUCCUCACACCGAGCCCAGCCGGAACUGAGCAUGAGAUGCUGUCACAUGUAGACAAGGGACUGAGAUGUUCUCAAUAAAGACUAAGACGUUUCACUAUGA